CGACCGCUGGCUUUUCUACGGGGUAUUUCAGCAGUCAUUUUACUAAGUUCGGCCAAAGCUUCGCUUGGAUCGUCUUUUCCCAGCGCAUCCCGGUUCAUCGCUACGCCGUGGAGCUGGUGUGAAGCCAUUGUGGUGACCGGUGAGGCAACGUGGCUCACGUACGUGGCCAAUGAUAUGUUGGUGCUUCUGACGCGCGAUGGCACUCAAAUGUACAGCUCGACCGCAAGUCUACUCUCAUGGCUCAUUCUCUUUCUCGUUGAAGUGGCGAGUCCCGUGACAGUCUCCGGCAGCUUGCAUCGCGUCUGCGUCGGCAAUGAUAUGGACUAUGCUGUCACCUGCUCCAGUGGGGCUCUGGUCAUCGGUAGUUCCAGCAGACUGGUCACGGUCAUCAGUAUUCAGGCUGGUGUUCUCGUCGCUGUAUGGACCGCGCUUCGACUCUCGAGCCGGUGGCGGUACCUCAGUACGAAAGCGUCGGAAGCUUCCCUCCUCGUGAGCGGCAUUGCUGAAGAGUUUAUGGCCACCGCGCCCGGUACAACAACCACUCAGUACGUCAUUGAUGACGUGGCCUGUGUCCUCGCGGGUUUGCUCGCACUGCGCUUCCGCGGUGUCGAAUACACCUUUGACAUCAAGCUCUGGCUCCUGCUCAAGGACGACCGGUCGACCACUGAUUUUCUCAAAGUCCUGCCACGCCCCGUUCUAGUCGACCGCUCGAUAAAAAUCAACCCUCUGCCUCGCUUGCAGCGGAAGGGUUCGUCCAACCUCUAUCAACGACGGCGGCGUCUCGUCAUGGGACUACAACUCGUUUCGUCGUACCUCGGGCCCUUUGGCUCGAUCGACAUGGUCUAUGUACCGCCGCCAACCGACCUGCAGGAGCUCAUGUCGACGCUGUUGGAGCUCACGCGGGCUCCGCUCGCUGGGAACCUCAGCGCUCAAGCUGCCUACUACAACAUUACACCGCUGGAUCUUUCCCGCCCUGCGCCCAAAGCGUGGUUGUCCACCGGAGUCUUCACGUACGGCGGGUCGCCGCUCUGUACCGAGUUCAAUUCCGGCCAAAAAACCAAUUUGGGUCUCACAAGUCUCCUCUCCUUUGACGCUAUUUGCUUGGUCGCGACAGGCGUCUCUGCCAAGCUGCAGCCGACGCGUCAGCAAUACGUUCUCGGCAGCCUCCUUGCGAAUCUCACGUCCACGAGCAGCAACUUGACGGCCGUAUGCGCGCUCGACCCGUCGUUUACUACACAAUGUCGCGUGUACUUGCCAACAACGAGCGCGUACAUCCGCGACUACAUGCAGGUCCCACCGCCCUUGGCUUCUGCCAUGGCGGUCAUGGCAACGCGAGUCCGCGCCAUGAACAUUUCGCUCAUGAUCUACGCUCGCACGUCGUUGACCGCGCCCCUUGAGCUGCGCAUGACCAAUCUGCUCGAUGCGACAGAAAGCGACUUUAGCUUCUUUGGUUGGCUCUUCCUCUACGACUGGGUGUUCGGCUAUCGGGAAGUGAUCUCGUUUCAAGGUGAUACUCAAACGCUGGUGUUGGUGACUGACCUCCAAACGCCGCUGUCGCAGCCCACGCAGCCCUGGGAGGUACCCGAUAACAUUGCCCGGUAUCUCCGCUCGGGUGUUCUCUACGUGACCGGCGUCAUGAUUGCGAUCGCGUCGCUGGCGUUUGUGUACAUUAUUGUCACGCGGGGCCAGUUUGAGGGCUGGAACAUGCUCGAGCUUGGCCGCGUCGGCGGCAUUGUCUGGGUCGGCCGACCGUUCUUGCUGCUCCGAAGUAUGACGGCCAUCCUUGUGCUCUCGACUGCCACGGUGCAGUUGCGAUACUCGGGGUAUUCCAGUUACUUGGUAACAGUGCAAGAUCCGUGGUACAAGACAUUAUUGGCGGCCAACGAAGUGACGUGGCUGAUUACGAUCGUCAACGACAUCUUUCUCAUUGUGACGGGCGCGUACACCGCGUACUACAUCACGCCCAACGGUUUUGUUGUCUGGACCUUUUCCGGUGUCUUGACGCUCGCAGCGCCCGUCGCCCCCGUCUCGUCCAUAGCGUUGACGUGUCAUCUGAGCCAAGUCGACGCCGAUGCCUUGUGCACAGCUGGUACGAUCCACAUCGGCAGUUUCCAGCGCAUGCUCUUGCUGGCCGUGGCCGUCUUGGUCUCUCAAAUUGUUUCGUUUGCGAUCGCGCGGCGCUGGCUGCGUGACGAGCCGUCGAGCGCGCUGACGUCGCUCUUUCUAUCGUCCGGGGCCAAGUACUUGUUCGUACCCAACAUGUGGUUGCGCGAGAAUCUGUACUACGUGGACCGUGCGUCCGCUGUGCUCGACGGACUCGUUACGCUGCGCUAUAGCGACUCGCGCCUGAUUGUUCUCGAUAUCAAGACCUGGCGGAUUUUUGCGAUACCGCUGGAUCUGAUGCCGCAAACGACCAAGCCCGACUUUAUGGCGGCCGUGCCCCUCCUCAAUGAUAAUUAGCAGCUGCAAUAAUUCUGUCGUAUCCUCAAUUGAACGUCCUUGGUUGCCA